AUGACCGGUUCUGAUUUGAGUGACGAAAUUAAGUUUUCGAAUGCGGCAUUCAUGAUAAAGCCAGCUUUGUUACAGGUGCUGAAGAAUGUCAUCAAAUUGGUUGUAAAGAUCGGUCUUCUUGCCAGGAAUGAUAUGUUGAGCGAAACAGACAUCAAACAAUUGGAGAAUGUUCAGAAACAACUUCACUCAUUAGCACUAACCAUCAUUUCAUUUGUACAGGUGAAAUACUCCUUUGAAAGGACGCACCUUAUUGAGUUGCUGAAGAGUUUGAAACAAUCACUAAUGCCACUGGUUUCCCUGAAACUCUCUGACAAUUCUACACGUCGAUUGGAGCACGUUAUCAAUCACUUGACGAACACCCACUUUUUGGACGCCCUUUUCAAGGUGGAUGGCCCUCAUGCGGAAGUGCUGGCCGAGUUUGUCGCCUCCAUGGAAGACCUUCUGGAGUCGGAGGAUUUGUAG